AUGGCGAUUAUGUUCUUGAUCGUAUGGGGACUUGCCCCCCUUAUCUGCUACUUUGUAUAUCACCAGUCGACCCAAGGGAAGAAGCAGCGCAAACUCCCUCCAGGCCCCAAACCUCAUCCAAUUUUAGGAAACCUGAAAGAUUUCCCACCCGAUGGCACGCCUGAAUACCAGCAUUGGAUCAAGCACAAGGACCUGUACGGUGGCAUCAGCUCCGUGACGGUGCUGGGCAUGACGCUCGUCAUCAUCCAUGACAAGCAGGCGACGCACGAGCUGCUGGAACAGACGUCGAGCAAGACCUCUGGACGGCCCACGAUGGUCAUGGCGAACAAACUGUGCGGCUACGAGUCCAUCGUCCUCUGCCAGAGUUAUACGCCUACCUUCCGCCGCUGCCGCAAGUACCUGCACCGGGAGCUGGGGACUAAGGUGUCUGCGGCGCAGUUCCGCAGUGUCCAGGAAACUGAGAUAAAUCGACAGCUUGUGCGGGCGCUGAACGAGCCGGGCAAAUGGUUGGAGCAUUUUAAGACUUCCGCUGGAGCGACUGUCUUGAAAAUGGCAUACGGCUACACCAUCGAGCCGCAUAAGCCUGAUCCCUUGGUUAACUUGAUUGACAAAAUGAUGAUGGAGUUCUCCCUCGCGGCUGUGCCCAUGGCUUGGGCGGUUGAUAUUAUCCCAGCUCUCCGGCAUCUUCCGGAGAAUUUUCCUGGUGCCACUUUCAAGAAGACAGCGCGUAGGUGGAGAAAGUCCAUCCAGGCGAGCGCAUACAUUCCGUACCGAUUUGUCCAGCGCCAAAUGGCCUCGGACCCUGCCCACCAGCUAUCAUACGUAUCAAAGCUUGUCCAACAACUCAGGGGAGAUGAUCAGAACGCCAAGCUGGAACAAGAAGACGAGCAGGCGAUCAUUUGGACCGCAGCUAGUCUAUAUGGAGCUGCCGCAGAUACUACGAUAAUUACUCUCACCAUCUUCACACUAGCCAUGAUCAAAUUCCCACACGUACAACGCAAAGCGCAAGAGGAGCUCGAUCGCGUCGUCGGCACGACCCGCCUGCCAAACUUCGAUGACCGUGACCAGCUACCAUACAUUGACGCCUUGGUCAAAGAGGCCGUGAGAUGGUGGCCUAUCGCGCCUAUGGGCUUCCCCCACACAGCCACUGAGGAUAUCGAGUACAACGGCCUGCAUAUCCCCAAGGGCGCCUUCCUCCUCCCGGCCGUCUGGUGGUUCCUGCACGACCCAGACGUAUACGCCGAUCCAGAAUCAUUCGAUCCAGACCGUUUCCUCGCGCCGCGCAACGAGCCCGAUCCCACGGCAGACGCCUUCGGCUAUGGCCGCAGGAUAUGUCCUGGGCGCUUCUUCGCGGACUCGAGCCUCUACCUCACCAUCGCGCAGUCGCUGGCUGCUUUCAAUAUCCGGCCCGCGGUGGGUGAAGAUGGGAGGGAAAUCGAGGUGGAUGUCAAGCCGAAGCCGGGCAUCUUGACAUAUCCAACCAAGUUUGAUUUCCACAUCGAGCCGAGGAGUGAGGAGCAUGUGCAGCUGAUUAGGGAGCUGGAACGGCAGUAUCCGUGGGAAGCCAGCGAUGCGGAGCUCCUUGAGAGUGUGGAUGAUUUUGAGGCUAUAUAG